AACUUUUAGAGCUGUAUAAUAAAUGUAUGGAGGAGCAGAAAGGAGAGGACCGUCCAGCGAGUGUCCGGACACUUUCAUCCACGUCCUCAGCUGAGAUCCAGUCCGACAGACUUCUCGGUUGUCUGCUGACUUGGGCACAAAGUCCUCCGGAAUGUCAUUUGUGUCCUCGCCGCAGUCUUCCAGGCUGAAGUAUCUGUCUCUGGGCGUGCUGGUGGUACAGACCACCUCGCUGGUGCUCACAAUGCGCUACUCCCGUACCCUUAAGGAGGACGGCCCCCGCUACCUGGCCUCAUCCGCCGUGGUGUCGGCUGAGGUGCUCAAGAUCCUUGCCUGCACCCUCCUCGUCUUCAGGGAGAACAAUUUCAGUGUUCGGCUGCUGAAGGAGGAGAUUGUGAACAAACCCGUGGAGACCAUGAAGUUGGCCAUUCCUGCAGGGAUCUACACACUGCAGAACAAUCUGCUCUAUGUUGCCUUAUCCAACCUGGACGCAGCCACCUAUCAGGUCACGUACCAAUUGAAGAUCCUCACCACAGCGCUGUUUUCUGUCUCCAUGCUGGGAAAAAGGUUGGGCUUCUACCAGUGGCUCUCCCUCCUCUUCCUCAUGGCUGGAGUCACUCUAGUGCAGUGGCCCACAGAGUCUGAGGGUGACCCUGAGCAGAAGAUCCUGACUGCAGGCUCCCAGUUUGUGGGGCUGAUGGCUGUGCUGAUGGCCUGUGUGUCCAGCGGCUUCGCUGGUGUUUACUUUGAGAAAAUCCUCAAGGAGACUAAACAGAGUGUGUGGGUCCGUAACAUACAGCUGGGUUUGUUCGGCUUUGUGUUUGGCUUCAUAGGGAUGAUGGUGUAUGACGGCCAGAGGGUGAGACAGUUGGGAAUAUUUCAGGGCUACAACACCGUCACGUACACAGUCGUUGUCUUGCAGGCUCUGGGCGGGUUGGUCGUAGCAGUAGUCAUUAAAUAUGCAGACAACAUCCUCAAAGGAUUCGCCACCUCUCUGUCCAUCAUCGUGUCCACACUCAUUUCAUAUUUCCUGUUGGAGGACUUCAACCCUACAAGUGUAUUCUUCCUGGGGGCAGUGCUGGUUAUUGCUGCCACAUUUCUUUACAGCUACGAGCGCAAACCUGCCAGCAGCAGCGCCAUCAAAGUGUAAAACUGAUACCUCUGUGAAGUGUACUACCUGACAGAAGUGACGAGCGGUACACGACACAGACAAGAGCAGGACUCUGUGAACUGUGUUAGUGAGUUUGGCAUGUGGAAAUGCAGGAAAUGUGAUAAAAAUCUGUUACAGCCAAACAACCACAGCUGGAGACGGUUCAGGUUGCACAUGUCCCCGUCACUCUGGAAAAAUGCUGCUUUGCACAAAAGAUGAGGGUCAAUAAUAUGAAACAUUUUUGCUUUAUAUAUGUAUUUUUUAAAAGGGUUUUCUUAUCAGAUACUAACAGGAGUACAGUGACACUAACUUUCAAUAUCAACAAACAUUGUUGCAGUAAAACUAACACACUAUAUGACAGAAUGAUCCCAUGGGAACGUACUGUGAGGGAUAUUUACAGGGAUCAGGCGGAGAUCAUAAUAAGCCUCAUGGAUAUUUUAUAGUUCUAUAUAAUUUAUAUGUAUUUAUGUGUUACGGGAUAUGGGGUAUGUUUACUAAACAGAACAGUAUCAAUGGUGCUGACAGUGCCCGCCUCAAAGAGAGGAAAAUCCUCGCUGUAGCUUCCAUCUAGUGGUGGAAUGAGGUGCAAGCUUGCUGCAAAGAGGAGGGGUUACCUUUGGUCAAAGAUGCUGAAUUUUCUUUUUUUUAUUAUGAGAUGAGAUUUGAUGGCAUAUGACUGUUUGACCUUGCUGCUCAGUCUGCGUAUUUAUAUCGAAAGACUUCCUUCUACUGUUAUUUAAAAGCAAAAAUGAAAGUCUUUUUACAAGAACAA